AUGCCGAUCCCCAUGCAUAUCCAACCAGCGAGCAUACUCAGGUCACAAACUCCCUUCACGGCCCAGGACUCUCUAUGCGAGCAUGACCACAACAUUCGAGCCACAACGCCUCGUCUGUGCAAUGAAAGCAACUCGCCGCCUGCAUUUUCCUUCGGUUCUACCGUCACCCUGGAUCCAGCAGACCUCGCUGCCACCCCAGAUCCGGUUGCUGUCGCGGAAAUCAAGAGAGCCUUCCCACCAUACUUCCCCAUGUGCCACAGCGACUUGUGGGCGAUGAUUGUGGCUCCUUCCACCGGGGUGAUGGAGCCAGCCAUAAUCGACCAAGAGUAUCAGGCCCAAGUUGAGGAGGAAUUACUGGAGAGGUAUCGUGGUGAAUUCUAUGAGCAGAACGACAACGAGACAGGAUCAGAGUUUGACUGGGCUCCAAUCAAAGCGGAAUUCGAGAAAAUGUCUGGGGAUGCCUUUGAUUUGAAACUGGGUGAUGAAAUGAGAGCUGGGUUUGAUUGGUCUCCAAUCAAAGAGCAAUUCGAGAAUGUGUCUGAGGCUGUCUCUGAUUUGAAGAUGGAAGAUGAAACGGGGGCCGAGUUUGACGAAUUCUUCAAGAGACUGGAGGAGAGUGGGUUGUGA